AGAAUUUGUUGGGAAACAGCCAGAAUGACAACUUUGGAUUCUCAGGUCUUCUGUCUGCAGAGCAGUGACAGCAGAAGCUGAAAGGUUGCUUUCCUGCUGAAGCCCUAGGUGAGUUUGCAUUUCCACAAAACUCUGGGUCCAUCCUCUGAGACCAGGAGAGACUUAAAAUUCUGAAAUGAAGAUGGAGGCAGCAGACAGAACAGAAGAACUCAUUGACCCAGAAGUCCCACCCAAACUCUCAGAGAAACAGGAGCCAGCUCUGGGCGAAGAGGGAUCUAUAGAACUGGAUAUGCCUGCUCAGAAAGAGAACCGAGUGCUGGGGGAGGAUUCGGCAGUCCUUGCCUCGAUGCCCUGCUUGCUGAUGGAACUGAGACGGGACUCCUCCGAAUCUCAGCUGGCCUCGACGGAAAGUGACAAGCCGACGGCCGGCCGCGUUUAUGAGAGUGACUCUUCCAACCAUUGCAUGCUGUCCCCUUCAUCCAGCGGCCAUUUGGCCGAUUCUGACACGCUCUCCUCUGCAGAAGAGAAUGCUCCCGGCCAACCUGAGACGGCAGUCGAGGGAGACUCUUCCGCCAUGUCCGUGUCGACCGUCGGGAGGAAAUCGAGGCGGUCCAGAUCGGAGAGCGAAACCUCGACAAUGGCUGCAAAGAAAAACCGGCAGUCGAGCGACAAGCAGAACGGCCGCGUCGCUAAGGUCAAAGGUCACCGGAGCCAAAAGCACAAAGAGCGCAUCCGGCUACUGAGGCAGAAGCGGGAGGCCGCCGCCCGCAAGAAGUAUAACCUGCUGCAGGACAGCAGUACCAGCGAUAGUGACCUAACCUGUGACUCGAGCACGAGCUCGUCGGAUGACGACGACGAAGUUUCAGGGAGCAGCAAGACAAUCACUGCGGAGAUACCAG